AUGGACAGUGCUCAGGACGAACUCAAGAUUCAAGCUUACGAGGACGUGAGGAGCGAGAACCAGGCGCUCAAAAAUGCAAUUGCCGACAUUCUUGCAUACAGCCACGCUGCCACGGACCCGGUGCUUCAGUCGAAAAUCCAUGAUGCAGUUUGUGUCGCGGGUUCAGGGACAGAGUCGUCAGCGAUACUUGGGGGCACAUCUCCUGGACCGCUGCAGGGUUCGCCCAGCUCACUACCCCCGGCCUCAACACAGGCUAUAGCAUGGCAGCUUGAGCACGCCCAACACCGGAGUCCAUCAGCCAACGCCCCAUUAUCAAGUCAGGGCUUUUCGAGUGCGCAAACUUUCAGCAGUCCUCCUGUCAUCGACCUGUGGAAAUCUCAACACCCACCUAUUCAGCUCGGCGGACCACCCGGGGCUCAUUUGCUCCUUCACCCGGACCCCUUCCGGUGCUUGACUGCCACAAAUGGACUCGAGCUUAUCAUGCAGUACAUGGGGGCGGCGGCUUUUACCUUCUCCGGCUGUAUCUUCUGGCAUAUAAUCGGCAAGCAGGAGGCUCUCCUCCGAGCGCAAUCCAAGUUGGUGGCAUAUCGACAACAAUCUGAGCGACAGCGGCACAACUCCUUUACCAACUCUGACUUACGGACUUCUGAAGGGCCGACCAUGGUGCUUUCCGGGCUCAUAUCCGAGUCUGGUAGCUCGAGACAGUGGAUUCCACUCAUCGGGGAACGGCUCAACCAUUACCGACGGAAGGGCCAUGAACACGCCGCCGUUCAGGCCAGUGGAUUUUACGCAGCAGGACCUGUGCAUCUUGACGUGCGUAGCCCUUCUGGCGUGGUGGAUCUUCGCUGGCUGACGCCCUUGGGGAUCGAGCAACGGCUCCGCGCUGCUGUCGGGAACGCACUGUUCGCAACCAUGGCGGCACCCGUGAUUGAGCGCUUCGAAAAGGAUCAUGGCUACUAUGUCAAAAGUGAUGAAAGGCAUGGUGAGCAGGUAUAUUUGAUUGAUAAGCUCCUGGAUCUUCUGGCGGAUUGUUAUGUCUGCUGCCCAGGGAUGGGUCCCAUCUGGGACUCGCAUGUUGUUGACGGAUUAUUUGCUUCGUGGUUCGGCUUGGUGACUGGCGAUGGAAGCGGAUUCGCCUGUUGA